CCAUUAAUGGCGGGGAAUGGCCACGUCUUCUUCUCCCACUAUCCCCCUCCCCAACCCAACCCGUGAUCCUUCACCAUCGUCGUUUAGUGCUCCCCGUGCACCUCCCCACCUCUACAAAUGCGCCCAAAGCCCUUCCCUUUCAUCGCACGCUCUCUUCUCUUCUCCCUCUUCAUCCUCUCCAUGGCCGCUCUCCUUCUCCCUAUCCUUCUCCUCCUCCCUCUCCCCUCCUCCUCCUCCUCACCAUCCUCUCUCCUUCUCCGAGCCUGCAAUGCCACUCGCUUCCCUUCCCUCUGUGUCUCCACUCUUCCCCCUUCUCCGCCGACUUCAAUGGACCUCAUCCUCUCCGCCAUUUCCGUCUCCUCCAACAACCUCGACACCGCGCAGUCAAAGGUCCGAUCUUUGCCUUCCUCCGAUCCAUCCCACUCCGCCGCCGUCCGUGAUUGCAUUUCCCAUCUCUCAUUCUCCUCCAUCCGCCUCUCACAGGCCUCCUCCGCACUCACCCGAAAGCCCGCAUGCUCCCGCGCCUUCGCCGGCGCAGCCCUGCUCUACCAAUACGACUGCUGGUCCGCCCUCAAGUACGUUAACACCUCCCACCAGAUCUCCUCAACAAUGUCCUUCCUCUCCGACCUCACCUCCCUCACCAGCAACGCCUUAGCCCUCAUCUCCGCCUUCUACCUCUCCGGCACCGACGUCUCCCAUUGGUCCCCGCCCCAAACCGAGCGAAAUGGACGCUAUGAAGACGGAUCCUCCUCUCCUACCGAAAGCCCCAUCUCCCUCCGCUCCUCUGGUGGAAUCCCCCGAACCCUAAAACCCAGCAUCACUGUCUGCAAAUCGUCCCAGUGUGACUACCAAACGGUCCAGGCCGCUGUCUCCGCCGCUCCGAACACCAGUGCCGAUCCCUUUGUCAUCCACAUCGCCGAGGGGAUCUACGAGGAACUCGUUCGGAUCCCAUUCGAGAAGACGAAUCUGGUUCUCCUCGGCGACGGCAUGGGCAAGACGGUGAUAACCAACUCGCUCAGCGUCGGCAAGAAGACGACCGGCGUCACCACCUACGACACCGCCACCGUCGGCGUCGACGGCAGCGGAUUCAUGGCAGCGAAUCUCACAUUCCAGAACACCGCCGGCGUAGACGCGCAUCAAGCCGUCGCGUUCCGCUCCGACAGUGAUCUCUCAAUCCUCGAGUCCGUGGAGUUCAUCGGCCAUCAAGACACCCUCUACGCCCGAUCCCUCCGCCAAUUCUACAAGAACUGCCGCAUCUCCGGCACCAUCGACUUCAUCUUCGGCAACUCCGCUUCCCUCUUCCAAGACUGCUUGAUCCUCAUAGUCCCCCGUCUCGGAUCACCGGAAAAGGGCGAGACAAACGCCGUCACCGCGCAAGGCCGCACCGACCCAUCCCAACCGACGGGAUUCGUCUUCCUCGGCUGCACAGUGAACGGGACCGAUGACUACACAGCAUUAUACCAAAAAAAACCAAGAUCUCACCGGAACUAUCUCGGCCGGCCAUGGAAGGAGUAUGCACGCACGGUGUUCAUCCAAUGUCUUCUAGCCAAGAUCGUGAAACCAGAGGGAUGGUUACCAUGGAGAGGAGACUUCGCUUUGGCCACACUGUUCUACGGCGAGUUCGGGAGCUCAGGCCCGGGUGCGAACUCCUCCGCGAGGGUCUCAUGGAGCACCGCCAUCCCGGCGGAGCACGUCGGCGCUUAUUCAGUGAAGAACUUCAUUCAAGGAGAUGAAUGGAUUCCUUCUCUCAAUGCUCACUAAUUAAUCAUAUAAUAACCUUUUGUUUGUUUUAUAUAUAUAUUUUCCCAAUCUUUGCCAUAUUCAAACAGCAAAAAUAGUUGACACAGUGUUGAAAUGCGGAGUUCGAGUCCCGUUAGUUGAUGCAGUGUUGAAAUGCGAAGUUUAAGUACCGUUGAAUGCAAUGUGGUUGGAGUUUAAGUUUAAGUCCCGCUGAAUAUAUGAUCGGAGUUUAAACUUGGAGUUUAAGUUUAAGUCCCGCUGAAUAUAAUAUGAUCGGGGUUUAAACCCCCGCAAUGAGAAUAGAUCUUAGUUGCUCUUUAAAAUGCGGAGUUUAAACCCGAAACC